UUUUCACUGAAUUGUUUUACUACUGGCUCAAAGAUAGUUCCAGGCUCCAAUGUCUGAACACAAAACAGGUCUUAUGACCGACAAGUUAUCAAGACCAACUUCAGUUUUCGGUUUAAGAUUAUGGGUUGUUCUUGGUGUCUGUGUAGGGACAACCAUUGUAUUGCUGCUUUUCUUUAUUACUCUCUGGCUUGCUUCAAAAAAGUCCAGGAGGAGUGCAAAAAAGAAACCCAAAAUUCCGAUUGUGACUAAAGAGAUUCGAGAAAUCAGAAUUGACCAACCCGUUAAGCCAAACAGGGGACAAAUCGAAGCCCUUCAAUUUCAAGACCAGGAAAUGAUGUCUAGAAAGAAAAGGGAAGAUUUAUUGUUGCUUAUGUCACCGGAAGAGGAAAGUCCAAUGAGCUAUCAUGGGGCUCAGAUUGAUAUUGGAAAAGGGCGUUUGAUUUCUUACCAUGGUUCUUCUGGGGAAGCACCAUGUGGCGGUGGCGGUGAGCAUGUGGCUGCUAUGGUGGUGCCUGAGGUGUCCCAUUUGGGGUGGGGACAUUGGUAUACUUUGAGAGAGCUUGAGGUAGCUACUAAUUCUUUUGCUCAUGAGAAUGUGAUUGGCGAGGGAGGGUAUGGGAUUGUUUAUCAUGGUGUUUUAGAGGAUAGAACUGAGAUUGCUGUCAAGAACUUGCUCAAUAACAGGGGACAGGCUGAGAGAGAAUUUAAGGUUGAAGUGGAAGCCAUUGGAAGAGUCAGACACAAGAAUUUAGUAAGAUUGCUUGGUUAUUGUGCCGAAGGAGCUCAAAGGAUGCUCGUGUAUGAAUAUGUGAACAACGGGAACUUGGAACAAUGGCUUCAUGGUGACGUAGGGCCUUGCAGUCCUCUUACCUGGGAAAUUAGAAUGAAAAUCAUCUUGGGAACUGCAAAAGGGUUAACUUACCUUCACGAUGGACUUGAACCAAAAGUUGUCCACCGUGACAUAAAAUCGAGCAACAUUCUACUUGACAAGCAGUGGAAUCCCCAAGUCUCUGACUUCGGCCUUGCCAAGCUCCUUUGUUCAGAUAGCAGCUACGUUACAACCCGUGUAAUGGGAACAUUUGGAUAUGUAGCUCCUGAGUAUGCAAGCACAGGCAUGCUGAAUGAAAGAAGCGAUGUGUACAGUUUCGGGAUUCUUAUCAUGGAAAUUUUGUCUGGAAGGAACCCGGUGGAUUAUAGCCGGCCUCCAGAAGAGGUGAACUCGAUCGAUUGGCUUAAAAGGAUGGUUAGUAACAGGAAUCCAGAGGGGGUAUUGGAUCCCAAACUACCCGAGAAGCCUAUUUUGAGGGCAUUAAAGCGGGCUCUUCUUGUUGCUUUACGCUGUGUAGACCCAAAUGCACAGAAACGACCAAAAAUGGGCCAUAUUGUACACAUGCUCGAAGCUGACGACUCCCCCUUCAGAGAAGAGCGUAGAGGAGGAAAGGACCUGGGACGCACACAUUGUGAUAGCCCCAAGGAGGUGAUGGAAAUUAGUGUGAAAGCGGGCUGCACGCUGACGAGGCAAGAUGAAGACAUCAAGAAUGCCGAUAAACAAUCCACUGGGGAGAUUUAACCGAGCUUCAUGAGGUGGAUGAGGAAUAUUUUACUGCCUGCUGCUUCAUCUAGAUGCUGGCCUUGUGCAAAAUGCCUACUACAUUAUCCAAUUUUUUUGCUAUCACUUAUGUUUCCCUCUAUUAAUGGUAGCUUCUAUGGCUGCGUAGCAUGUGCUCCAUAGGAAGAUUCAAUUCAAAUGUCAAAAUCAAGGGCCUUUUGUUUAGAAGCUUUGAGAUCUUCAUGUAAUUCACAGGCACGCUCGAUCGUUUUUAAGAAAAUAUAAGAUUGUCACAUAUUACAAAUUAAUUUUGGA